AUGAAGCUUUCCACAUUUGCCGUUGUCGGCGCUUCUGUGCUAUCUGUCCAUGCAGCCGCUGAAAAGCGUGAUCCCAAGAAUGUCGCUGCUUUAGAUGAACUUCUUCAGGCUUAUGAGAAUGACCACCACAAUGAAAAGAGGAAAAAUGUCGCCUCUUUAGAAGACCUUCAACAGGCUUACGAUGAAGAUCACCAGAAUGCAAAGAGAAAGAACGUUGCUGGUUUGGACGACCUUCGCCAGGCUUACGCUGAGGACCAUCCGAUCGAAAAGAGAAAGAACGUUGCUGCUUUGGAAGAGCUCUUGCAGGCUUACAAGGAGGACCAUAAGAAGCAAAAGAGGAAGAAUGUUGCUGCUUUAGAGGAGCUUUUUGCAGCUUACAAAGAAGACCAUCCAAAUGAGAAGAGAAAGAACACUUUCAACGUGGCUCAUUUGGAGGAGCUUCUUCAGAAACAUAAAAACGAAAAGAGAAAGAACACCUUCAACUUGGCCCACUUGGAGCACCUCCUUCAAGAGGCACAAGAGUCUGCAGAGAACGGUAAGAGAGACGCCCGCAGAGUGGUGAACCCCAAACUGUUCUUUGAGCUGAAGAACCAUGAAAAGCGCUCCCAGAACGUCAUCACCUUCCUGGGUCCUUUGGUGGAGAACGUGCUCACCCAAGUCAGGGACGUGUCUGUCAUUGCUGGAUACUUGAGAGACCUGGAGUCGCUCUUGGACCAGUUGCACAAGGCUCCAUUUGCCGUGAUUAUUGCUCCUACUGACCACGCUUUGGCCAAUAAGUUGAACGGCCACAAGCCAUGGGAAUUCCCAAGAGACCCUGAGAACGAAGAGGACGCCGAGAAGAACAUCAGUGAUUUCGUCAAGGCCCACUUGGUCAAGUUCGAGGGUGAUUUUGAGGAGAUCGACAGCGAGGUCAGUCUUCAUUCGUUGAGCGGCCAGAAGGUCGUCAUUCGCCACGACGCUGCCACUGACGCUUUCAGCGUGAAGCUGGGCGAUAAGUGGGUUGAUGUCUUGGCCGUCUACCACGCCGACGAUGGUGCCGUUUUGGUUAUUGACGAUGUCUUUGUCAAGCCAUGA